AUGAAGCCUUCAGAGCCACCACCAUCAGAGAUGAUGUCUCCAGAACCACCAUCACCAGAAAUGAAGCCUCCGGAAUUACCACCAGAAAUAAAGCCUCCUGAACUGUCAUCUGAGAUGAAGCCUCCGGAAUCACCACUAGAGAUGAAGCCUCUGGAAUUACCACCAGAAAUAAAGCCUCCGGAACUUUCGUUUGAGAUGAAGCCUCCGGAAUCACCACUAGAGAUGAAGCCUCUGGAAUUAUCACCAGAAAUAAAGCCUCCGGAAUCGCCACCAGAAAUGAAGCCUCCGGAACCGCUACCAAAGAUGAAACCUCCGGAACUACCAGCAGAGAUAAAGCCUCCGGAAUCGCCACCAGAAAUGAAGCCUCCGGAACAACCACCAGAGAUGAAACCUCCGGAACCACCAGCAGAGAUAAAGCCUCUGGAAUUAUCACCAGAAAUGAAACCUCCUGAAGAACCUCGACAUGAACCACCAGAGUAA